AUCUGUUUUCUUCUUCUGAUUCCAACAGUCAAUUGUAAUCAAUUAUACACAUUCUUCAAAUCAGCCUCAUUGUAGCUUUUGAUCACGACACUUACCGCAUUCGUUGAAAGAAACGUACUCUACUUGCAAAUGCUUCUUGAUCUACUGGACAAUGAGACACUUGCAAAAUUAUUUGGAUAUCUAAGUAUUUUUUGUUGGAUCAUUGUCUUUACACCGCAAUUUUACGAAAACUAUGUUGGUAAGAAUACAGAAGGAGUCUCUGUGACAUUCUUGUUAUUAUGGAUCUUUGGAGAUAUUCUCAAUUUACUGGGUGCUGUAUUAGAGAAGUUACUUUUUACAAUGUUGUUACUAGCAAUGUAUUAUUUGUUAGCGGAUUGUUUGAUUAUGGGACAAGUGAUCUAUUACCGCAGGUUCUAUAGCAAACGCUCCUAUGAGAAUGAAGAAACCGUUUAUAACAGUAGAAAGAGUAGUUCAAAUCCAACACCUUCAUCUUCCACAAUAAUACCCUCUAAAUCAAACUCUUACUCUACCUUCAACAAUAAUACCAGCAAUAGUAAAAUCGGCGGUAGUAAUAAUAUCGGUAGCUCUAUCAGUAGCAGCAACAGCUCCUCCAGCAGCAGUUCAUCUUAUACAAGCAAUAGUACUAUAUCCAACAAUGAAUUCAGUGCAUUGCUGAAGAAGAACAAUCGGCUUGAUAAUGAAGUAUCCUCAAAUACACGUCGUGUCAUUCGUUUAUUUUUCGUAUGUAGUAUAUUGAUGUGGGUUGGCUUACUCGCAGGAUCCGCAUUAUUCUUCUUCGGACCCAAUCAAAAAGAAGUAGAUCUCAAUCAAUGGCAUUUAUUACCGCAACUGCUAGGCUGGGGUAGUGCUAUCCUUUACUGUUCCAGCCGUAUACCCCAGAUCAUGCAGAACUUUCGAAACGAGAGUGUUGAAGGUCUUAGCUUGUGCAUGUUUAUUUUUAGUGUGAUCGGCAAUGUUACUUAUUGCAUGAGUAUUAUGUUGGAUUCAAUGGAACCCACUUAUUUGUUGAUUAAUUAUCCCUGGUUACUUGGCAGUGGCGGCACAUUGUUCUUUGAUUUCACUAUUUUCUUCCAAUUUUACAUGUAUCGCCAUUCACCAAAAAACAAUUUCAACAAUAUUUCACCAACUUGAAGGAAAGCAAAAAAAGAAGAAAAAAAAAAAAAAAGCUUUUAUUUAUAGACACUUGUAGAUUGUACCUCUCGCAACAAAGUAUUCCUUCUUACGGUUACCUUUUAGGGGGGGGGUUUAAUUAAUGUAUCUAACGAUAUUAUGAUGUAACUUUAAAGGAUUUAUUAUAAAUUUUCCUGCAGUUGUAGACAACGCUUGUUCUUACAUUAAGUUAGUAUUUGCCUUGCUGUGUUUGAGUGUGCAUCUGAGAUUAAGAAUAAAAUUUUGCUUUAUAUUGCUAGCAAACA